CAAAAAGUGGAGAAGAAAGACCACAACAGAAAAGUGACCACAGCUCUUCUUCCUGAACCGAGAUCUCCUCCUGACAAUCUCCUGACCAGCUCCUGACCAGCUCCUGUGCUUUAGACUUCACUACAGCAGCAGCGAUGGAGGAGGUGGACAAGAUUCUCAUUCACGCGCUCAAACAAGUCGGCACGGAUGUGCCCGAGGAGGUGGACAGUGUGAAGCUCUUCAGCAGUGAGCUUGUGGUGGAGGCGGUGGUCUCAUGUCUGCGGGUAAUUGAUCCCGGACUUGGCCAGGGGCUGCCCACCUCCCUGCCCCCGGGGAUGUCAGCCCGCUUCAGGGUGGGCAUGAGUCUUGCACAGGCCUGUCAGGACAUAGGUUACAAAGGAGAGCUGGGAUACCAGACCUUCCUGUACAGCAGUGAGCCAGAGAUCCGCUCACUCCUCAUGUUCCUGGUGGAGAAGCUGCCCAGGGGGAGUGCCGAGUCUUCUGACCAGUCCACAGGAAAAUCUAUGCUUCUGCAUAAAGGCAUAGCUGCAGCGAUGAAAGCUGAACUGGCUGUGCCUUGGCUGCCUCUAAAUUGCAGAUUGCACCGAGACGCUCCCACACAUGCUCCUGAUGUCCUGUACCACUUCCAUGCACAGCCCCUGAGUCUAGUACACAGCCCAGCAGGGACUCAGCCAUGUAAAGAGGAGAGGGAGUACCAUCGGGACCUCUUGCCUCCUGUGACCUGUCAGAUUUCCCAUCAGCCCGGUGUGGUGUCCUCCCUCCUGGAGCAGCACACAGCAGAGUGCAGUGCAGCACAGGAGUGGAACCAUGAAUGGAACAACCAGGGCCUCCUGUCCAGACUCACUCCACAUGAAUACCGCCUAAGAAAGCGCUGUCGUCUUCGUCAGCGUAUUGAAGAGCAGCUGCGCUCUGCUGCACAGUCUUCCUCUGACACUGGCUCUCACUCAGCCUCAGACCUGUCAGACCUGCUACAGACCUUCAAAGGCCACAGCUCCAAUGCACACAUGCUAACCAAGGGCUCCCACUUCAACCACACACAGAAGUUUACCUUCACGCAGGAGGCUGCAGCCCCAUGUCCCUUACCCCAGUCUCUGCCCUCUGAGGGGAAUAAUCAGCUCCAUCAGCAGGAGGAGCUGUCCUCUCUCCAGCAACAGCUCCAGCAACUGUGCUCGGACGUGGACCAGCUCACCACAGAACUCAAGCAUAGAAGUGUGACCACUGCACAGGUUUUGAAUGACAUAAACAAAAGAGAUCGUGAAAAUGAAAUGAAGCGAGAUCAGAUUCAGGUGAAGAAGAAGACCAUGGACCUGCUGCCUCAUGCAGAGGAGAAUCUGCACAAGAUCCAGGCCCUAGUGGAGACCAGUGCCAAGCGCGUUUUAAGUCUGGCUGCUCAGUGGGAAAAACACAGAGCGCCUCUGAUUGAGGAGAACCGCCGCCUCAAGGAAAUCUGCAGGAUCCAAGAUAUGGAAUCUUCUGGAAAGCUGUCUGAAAUUAGGUCUCUACAUGACAAAAUCACAGUAUGUACUGAAGAGGCAAAGAAGAAAGAGGAAACCUAUAAACAGCUGGUGUCAGAGCUGGAAAGCCUCCCUCAGGACGUGUCCCGCUCAGCGUACACUCAGAGAAUCCUGGAGAUCGUCAGUAACAUUAAGAAACAGAAGGAGGAGAUCUUUAAGAUUUUGUCUGACACCAAAGAACUUCAGAAAGAAAUUAAUAACCUGACAGGGAAACUGGACCGGACCUUUGCUGUCACAGAUGAGCUUAUUUUUAAGGAUGCCAAGAGAGACGAAUCGGUCCGAAAGUCCUACAAGCACUUGGCUGCCUUACAUGAAAACUGCAAUCAGCUGAUCCAAACCAUUGAGGACACAGGCUCAAUUUUACGGGAGAUUCGCGAUCUUGAGGAGCAGAUUGAAUCAGAAAAUGGGAAUAAAACUGUGGCAAACCUGGAGAGGAUUCUGGAGGACUAUAAGGCCAUUCGACAGGAGAACUCUGUGCUUGCGGCAAAAGUUUGAGAGGCAUCAAAUCUGUUUAGUCCAAUGAUGGGUUAAGAAUACAGUAGAGCUACACUAUCAGUCAAAAGUUUGGACACUCUCGUAUUCUCUCUUCUUUAUGUUUACCACAAAAUGAAUAACUUUAUAACCAUUAACAAGUAAUGGUAAAAAGUUUUGAGUUAUUUUGACUUUGUUUGCUUACUACAUUUCAUUUGUGUCAUUCAUAGUUUUUUAUGCCUUCAGUGAGUGAUUUACAAUGUAAAUGGUCAUGGAAAUAAAGAAAGAGCAAAAAUGGAAAAGUGUGUCUAAACUUUUGAUAGGCAGGGUGUAUGGCAACACAUGCAAGGAAAUUACAACCUAUCAUGUUUUACCAAUAAAAGCAAUUUUAACAUGUU